GAGCAGAUAAUUUUUAAUUUAGAACUAUACUAGUCUUUAAUAACCUAAUAUGGACGCAAUUUUUACGUAGUGAAAUAAAUUUACGCCGCCGGUACAUGUGGAUGAUGAAACUUUUUGCAAGUUUAGUCAAUAUUUCAGGGCCAGGAAGUAAAUUGAGCAUAUAAAAGUGACUUUGUCUUGCACAAUAAAACAUUAGGCGAGAGAUAAGGCAUCAUGGCACAGCCAGUGCCUGAAAAGAUAUCAUUUCCAAAUGAAGAGGAAAAAAUAUUAGAGUACUGGAAAAAAAUUGAUGCGUUUAAAACAUCAUUGAAGUUGUCAAAAGGAAAGCCAAGGUAUACAUUCUACGAUGGACCUCCAUUUGCAACAGGCCUGCCACAUUAUGGGCAUAUCCUGGCAGGGACAAUCAAAGAUGUGGUCACUCGCUGGGCACAUCAGAGUGGCUUCCAUGUGGAAAGAAGAUUUGGAUGGGACUGUCAUGGACUCCCUGUGGAGUAUGAAAUUGACAAGACCCUCGGAAUAAAAGGCCCGGAUGAUGUGGCCAAGAUGGGAAUUGAAAAAUACAAUGCUGAAUGCAGGAAGAUUGUCAUGAGAUACUCAUCAGACUGGGAGAAUAUAGUCACACGUCUAGGCCGAUGGAUCGACUUUGAGAAUGACUACAAGACUAUGUACCCUUGGUUUAUGGAGACUAUCUGGUGGGUCUUCAAGGAGUUGUACAACAAAGGCCUCGUGUAUAGGGGAUUUAAGGUUAUGCCAUUUUCAACUGCCUGUAACACUCCCCUGUCUAACUUUGAGUCUGGUCAAAACUACAAAGAUGUGGUGGACCCGGCAGUGAUCAUCACAUUUCCACUUGAUGAUGAACCGAAUGUUUCCAUGGUUGCUUGGACAACCACACCCUGGACAUUGCCUAGCAACCUUGCCCUCUGCGUUAACCCAACUAUGGAAUAUGUGAAAGUGAAAGACCAGGCCACUGGCAAUACAUACAUCUUGAUGGAGGCGAGGCUUGAAUCCCUCUUCAAAUCUCCAGAGGAGUACACUGUCCUGGACAAGUUUAAGGGAAAGGUGCUGGAGGGGAAACAAUACAAGCCACUGUUUGACUACUUUGUCCAUCUGAAAAAGGAGACUGGAGCGUUCAAAGUGUUGUGUGAUGGGUAUGUUACUUCGGAAAGCGGCACUGGGGUCGUACAUCAGGCUCCUUACUUUGGAGAGGAUGAUCAGAGAGUGUGCCUUCGUUAUGGAGUCAUCACAAAAGAUAUGGACAUGGUAUGCCCUGUCGAUUCUACAGGAAAGUUCACUGACCCUGUCAGUGAAUUUAAGGGAGAAUAUAUCAAGGAUGCUGAUAAGAAGAUCAUAAAGAAGUUAAAGGAGGAAGGAAGACUGGUGCACCAGGGUUCUUUAAAACAUAACUACCCUUUCUGCUGGAGGUCAGAAACUCCCCUGAUCUACAAGGCAGUGUCCAGCUGGUUUGUACGAGUCGAACAUGCACAGGAGAUGCUUCUAGCCAACAAUGCUCAGACAUACUGGGUGCCAGACUUUGUGAAGGAGAAGCGUUUCGCUAACUGGCUCAGAGAGGCUCGUGAUUGGGCAAUAUCUCGGAACCGAUACUGGGGGACACCGAUUCCCCUCUGGGCCUCGGACGAUAUGGAGGAAAUAGUCUGUGUCGGCUCCAUUGAAGAACUGCAGAAGCUGACUGGAGUGACUGAUAUCAAGGACUUGCACAGAGAGAACAUAGACAAGUUGACAAUCCCGUCCCGACUGGGCAAGGGCGUGUUACGUCGGGUGACAGAGGUGUUUGACUGUUGGUUUGAGAGUGGCAGUAUGCCGUACGCCCAGCAACAUUACCCGUUCCAGCACAAGAAGGAGUUUGAUGAUUCCUUUCCCGCCGACUUUAUUGCUGAAGGAAUUGAUCAGACUAGAGGAUGGUUUUACACGCUACUGGUACUAUCAACACUGCUGUUUGGAAAACCACCAUUCAAAAACCUCGUCUGUAAUGGACUGGUUUUAGCAUCAGAUGGACAGAAAAUGAGUAAGAGGAAGAAGAAUUACCCGGAUCCCCUGGAAGUCGUCCACAAGUAUGGUGCAGAUGCUCUCAGGUUGUACCUAUGCAACUCGCCAGCAGUGAGGGCAGAUAACCUGAGAUUUAAGGAGGAGGGUGUGCGCGACAUUCUCAAGGAUGUCUUUCUGCCCUGGUAUAACGCCUACAGGUUCCUCAUGCAGAAUGUGGAACGUCUUGAACGGGAGGAGGGUAUAUCCCUGCAGUACAGCCCAGUGAAGAUGGGAACCACAGAGAACUACAUGGACCGAUGGAUCCUCUCCUUCACCCAGUCACUCAUCAAAUUUGUGCGGGCUGAGAUGCAGGCUUACAGGCUGUACACAGUGAUGCCACGAAUGGUGAAGUUUGUUGACCAGCUAACAAACUGGUACGUGCGCAUGAACAGGAAGCGUCUCAAGGGGGACACAGGGGCGGACGAUUGCCUACAUGCUAUCACCACACUGUUUGCUGUGCUCUUCUCCAUGAGCAAAGUGAUGGCGCCACUGAUCCCAUACAUAACAGAGCUGAUGUUCCAAAAUCUACGUCUACUCCUUGACCCUAAAUAUAUUGAGGGCAAGGAUACACGCAGUGUUCACUUCAUGAUGAUCCCUGAGCCGAGAGAGGAGUUGAUUGAUACCCACAUUGAGGCGUCUGUAUCAAGCAUGCAGUCAGUGAUUGAUUUGGGACGGAUUAUCCGUGACAGAAACACGCUGCCUCUCAAGUACCCAUUGAAAGAGGUAGUUGCCAUUUCUAAUGAGCCAGGAAUGUUGAAGGACAUUGAAGGUCUUCAGUCCUACAUUGUGGAGGAGUUAAAUGUGAAGGUGCUGACGACAUCAAUGGACAAGGAGAAAUAUGGCGCCAGGCUUCAUGCAGAGCCUGAUCACAAAGUCCUUGGGUUAAAGUUGAAACAGCACUUUAAAGAUGUCCAUGAGGGCAUCAGAGAGUUGACUGACAGUCAGUUAAUGGCCUUCCAGCAGUCAGGGGAGAUCACUGUGCGAGGACACAAGUUGGAGGAGGGAGAUUUACGCCUCAUGUACAAGUUCGACAGCCAGCAGGACGUGAAACACUAUGACGCACAUGCGGAUCAACAGGUGCUAGUUCUAGUAGAUGUGUCACCAGACCAGUCCAUGUUGGAUGAAGGGGUGGCACGGGAAGUCAUCAACCGCGUACAGAAACUGAGGAAAAAGGCUAAAUUGGUCCCAUCAGACGACAUUACAGUGUACUACAAGGCGAGUCCCGACCUAGAGAAAAUCAUCUGUGAUUUCUCUGACUUCAUCUUCUCCACAAUAAAGCAGCCCAUGGAGGCCUUCCCCAUACCUGCAGGCCUUAAUGAGCUCAUCAGAGAAGACCAGAAGAUCAAGUCUUCAACACUGGACCUGGCUAUUGUAAAGCGUGGUGGAGGUGGUGAUGAAGCAAGUCUGGCAACAAGCGCUAAACCAGCUGCAACUUCUGAGACCCUUCCCCCAGCCCCGGUAGUAAAGGGGGUUCAACCUAACUGUCGCUAUGUGAACGUACAGCUGUGUGGAAGUCCUUGUCAGGAGGGAGUGACUGGCAGUCAGCAGGCAACGGUGCUGUUGGAAAACCCAGCCGGGGAGUUUGUGCUGAGUGUUGAUCAGUUGAAAGAACAGGUCCAGUCUGUGUUCGGAGUUAGGGGCAGAAAAAUAGAAUUAUAUACUGAUGCCAGCUGCCAGACUGGUUUGUCAAAAUCCUCUGACAUCUCUAGCCUCACAACGAAAACCCUGUAUGCCAGUCCAGCUAUGGGAAGUGGAACUAAGCCAACCAGUGUAACCUCCCCUAUUUGCCAUUUCGCCAAUCUGGAGUACACAAAUCCUGCAGGAAAACCAUGCAAAGGGAUGUUACUUUUGGAAAAUCCAAGAGGAGCAUCUUGCACAGUUCAACAACUGUUGGCUCAGGUGAAGGUGUUGUUAAGCCAAGAUGGCCGCCAGGUGAAGCUGUAUGGCAGUGCCGGGAAGAAGCAGGAGAUAAGUGCUGACAGUGUUACCGAUGUGCUCGCCCUGCAUUCGCAAAAUAUCCAUGCUGCCGUUGUAUAAUGAUGUGAUAUCUUAGAAAAACACUGGAAAAUAUUAUAAGUGCCGAAUUGACGAGCAAUAUCAUGGUUAAAUGGCUAUAUUGUUAAUGUAUUAACUUUUCUCUUCAUUUACAUUGGAUAAUUUAUUUGAAUUUGAUUAUAGUGGGUGACCUAUUAUGUUUAAGUUCUUAAGAUUUGAAAUUGUGUCAGUUGUUUAGUACAGGAAGUGAAACAAGUGCUCUUUGAAGAUUUAGUGUUUUAGCACACUGUUAUCCAUGAUAAAACUGAAGUGUUUUUUAUUGUAUGCAGCUGUAGAAUAAUACAAUUUCAUGAAACAAUGUAAAUGACAAUGAUGAUGGUGCAUGUGUGUGUGAAUAUAAAUUGUUUCCAAGCUUUCUAGAGUGGUAAAAUAAUUUGUAACAUUUCUCUUAUUUAUAAGUAUUUGUUUGGCACUGUGUCAUUCUCUUGCCUUGUGCUGAGAUUGGAAUGAGUUGGACAGGUGAAAACAAAAUUUGUAGAAAAUACCUUCGUGUCUCUAUGAAAGAAAUAUAUUUAUCAACCGCAA